AACACAAGACCCACUCAUGCUACUGCAUCAAGCUGUUUCACGCCAUCACGGCACAAUACACCUGGUGUAUCAGUCCGUAUCAGUGAUUACCCCGGUCACACUUCUACAGCAUCAAACCGUGUCUACAGAUCACACAGUGUUACGUCAUAUGCAUCAAGUGGUGUCACCAGAUCACCUGGACGUGUACCAGCAUCAAGCGGUUUCUCUGGAUCACCAAAUCAUGUAUCUAGAGCGUCAACUGUGUCAGGAAUUUCAAACCGUGUCAACGCUAGUCGCACCCCCAGAGGUUCAAAUGCAUCAAACUGCAUCAAUGAAUCACUUGGUCAUGUCCCAGGAGUGUUAAAUGCGUCAAGCAGUGUCAGUGAAUCACAAAAUCAGGCCUACCACACAAAUUCUCUUCUAUGGAGCCUUCCCUCGUCAAGUCGUGCGUCAAGCCGUGUCUCGAGAUCGUCUGGCCGCGUGUCUAGUCUCUCCAAUCGUACCGGCAGUUUCUCAACAUUCAGCAGUAUUCCCGAAGAGUGCCACGCCCCUCUUUCUCGUCCAAGCCACACCUACUCACCUAGUAAACUACCUGUCACUGAAGAGGCAGACGACCCAGACCUGGACGCUCUCCUCGCCGAUCUCUGCCAGCUGGAGGAAGACACGAAGGCCCAGCUGCAAUCCUAUCAGUCCCAUCUCGUCACCCCGGACACCGCCGAGGCCAACAGGAUGCACACCCCCGACCUCCUUGAGGAGAGAGUGACUGAAUCACAGCAACAGUCUCCGCCCACUCUUAACCCCCCUACUGCUGCCAGUGUCACUAGUACUAACAGUGGGUACUCCAACCUAAUGAUCAGGGACCCACCCACUGCGGCCGUCUCCUCCAAGGACUUUGCCGACAUUAUGGAGAAUCUGCAGAAUUCCCGCAACGUCAUACAAGACCCUUCCCGGGCCCUGGCCUUCUCCAUGUACCAUUCCAAUGAAACAGAUGGCAAGGCUCCUCCCCCUCCCUCCACCUCCUCCUCCUCCUCCUCGGAGCACACCGACAUAUUCUCCGCCAGUCGCCGAGAGUCCCAGAGACCUGGAACCGGUAACGGGGGUAUGGGAACCGGACCCAAGGGAACGCGCAAGUCUUCACUCAGAAGGGCUUCUAGUCGCGACGGAGAGUCAUCACCGGCCCACAAUGUGGUGCAGAAACAACUGGAUGCCUUUGCCGACCAACUAACUGUCGACGAAGCUCUUACUGCAGUACGUUUAUCUCUGAUAAUAGUUAGCCUAACUUAUUUAGAGCGAAUUCUAAUUGAUGCACACCCGAUUUGCCGACCAACUAACUGUCGACGAAGCUCUUACUGCAGUACGUUUAUC